AUGACCCCCGUGGUCUUCAUCGCGGAAGGAGGAUUUUACGCAUCGGAAUUUCAUGCCGAAUGCCCAUAUCCCUGCGUCUGCGAGGGCCUGACGGUCAGCUGUGCAAACAAAGACCUCACCGACGUCCCUGUGAACAUCCCACCGGAAACGCAACGACUCGACUUGCAAGAAAACCGCAUCGCCGUCAUCCGCAAGUCGGAUUUCAUGAAUUUGAAGAACCUGAAAAUCUUGCAGCUGAUGGAGAACCACAUUCACACUGUGGAGCCAGAUGCCUUCAAUGAUCUGAUCGAACUGGAAAGAAUGUGA